GAUCCCUAGAACUCCCAGAGUAGACGCCGCCGCCGCCCGCCCCUUCCAGGCCCCGCCCCCCCAGCCCUAGCCGCAACCCCAACCCCAUGGAGGUCGAGAUCAAGCUCCGUCUCCCCGACGCGGCUGCACACCGGCGCCUCUCCUCCUUCCUCGCGCCCCGCCUGCUCCGCACCGACGCCCCAGCGCGGCCCCUCACCGCCGCCACCGCCGCCCAGCGGGACGUCCGCCUCUACGGCACCGACGACCGCGACCCCUCCCGCGCCGUCCUCACACUCAAGCGCCGCCCGCGCAUCGACGCCGGCGUCAGCCGCGUUGAAGAGGUCGUGGAGCCCCUCGACCCCACCGUCGCCCUCACCUGCGUCGACAACCCCGCCCGUCUCAACGCGGUCGACUCCCCCAUCGUCCGGCUCGUCUCCGACGAGUACGGCGUCGGCGGGGACAAAGCGCCGUUCGUCUGCCUCGGCGGCUUCCGGAACACUCGCGGUGUGUAUGAGCUCGAGGAGGGCGAGGGGCAGGGGCUCGUGCUAGAGCUCGACGAGACACACUUCGAUUUCGGCACAAACUACGAGCUGGAGUGCGAGACCGCGGAGCCCGACCGGGCCAAGGAGGUCCUGGAGCGGCUGCUCACCGUGGCUGGGGUGCCGUAUGAGUACUCCCGGAGCAAUAAGUUCGCGUGCUUCAUGGCCGGGAAGCUGCUUCCGUGACUAGGUUUGUGGUUGGUCUUUACCGUGUCCCAAAUGAUGAUUAAACCGUGGUUGCUAUAAAACUUGUGUUUCAUUAGCACUUUCUUGCGACGAUAGGCUUGUUCUGUGGUGAGUGAUUUCAAAUCUCACAAAUGUAAUGUUUAGUUCUGUUACAUUCUGGUAUUUGAUAACUUUCAUCCAAGAAUACUAUCUUGGGUGGAAGCAUAGCAACACAAGGGUUUGCAUUUCAAUCCUCGUAAAAAAACUUGUCCUGGAGCAUGAUCCGACAACCGCUGGGAAGAAGCCGGGGCUGGUAUGUCUGGUUGGGGAGAGGACUAAAUUUCAUCUCUCGGGUC